AUGGAGGGCAAGAAGAAAGUAGAGCAACUGGAAGAGGAAAGAGGCAGGUGUGUCAAUGUCCUCAGCAGUGGUUUUUUGCUGUAUAAAGAGCUGCAUGACAAACUCUACGAGCAUCAGAAAGAAGGACUGGUCUUCCUUUAUAAAGUGCAUCAAGAAAAUAAAAAAGGUGCAAUAAUAGCUGAUGAUAUGGGUUUAGGAAAAACUAUCCAGACUAUUACGUUUCUGUCAGGUAUGAUAGUAAUGGAGAGGAUGAGAUCUGUUCUGCUUGUGAUGCCUAACAGUCUCCUGGAGAACUGGGGUGCGGAGUUGAGGAAAUGGACACCUUGGAUAAAAUUCCACAUUUUUCAUUCCAGAUACAAAGAUAGAGAAGGCAGGGUGCUGGAAGUUCAGAGAAAAGGGCAUGUGCUUCUUACUUCAUUUAGAAUGCUUAUUAACAGUGAGAGGACAUUGUCCACUUACAGAGACAGUCAGUUUAUCUGGGACUGUAUCAUUUUUGAUGAAGCUCACAUGAUCCGAAAUAGUACUACUAAAACCUUUAAAGCAGCAUUCUCAAUUCCCGCAAAAACUCGGAUUCUGCUCACUGGUACACCUGUGCAGAACAACCUCCAAGAGCUGUGGUCUUUGUUCCACCUCACCUGCCAGGGAAGUCUCCUUGGUACCUACCGAAGCUUUCGAAAGUUGUACGAGAAUCCAAUAAUGAGAGGAAGGGAGAAGGAUGCCAGUCCCUCAGAGAAAGCACUGGGCCUGAAAACAUCAGAGAGCUUGACAGAAAUGAUAAAGCCCUACUACCUUAGGAGAACAAAAGAAGACAUUCAGAGAGAAAGCAAAGAGCCUAACAAAGACACUGUCAAAAUAGCCCAGUUUACCAAGAAGAAUGAUCUUGUAAUGUGGGUUCAUCUUAGCCCCUUACAAGAAAGACUGUACAGAAAAUUAAUUAAUCAAAUAAUUCUAAGAGGCUACAAUGAUUCAGCAUUAACUGACCUCGCCACUAUGAAGAAGAUCUGUGAUCAUCCUAGACUGUUUACUGCCAAAGAAUACACUGAUCUGCAAUGCGAUGAUGAGGGCAAGCCAGAUCUUUCAAAUGGACAUGUUAUGAAGGACUUCUGUGAGAACAAAACUUGCCACCUGUUAAGUAAAGAACUGAUUGAAGAAUCGGGAAAGAUGACGUUUCUUGUGGCUUUACUUGAAAGGCUCAGGAAAGAGGGUAAUCGCACCCUUGUCUUCUCAGAGUCUCGGAAGAUGCUGGACAUUAUUGAGCAAGUUUUGAAUGAAAGGGGAUUUAAGAUGUUACGUGUUGAUGGAACAUUAACUGCUGCUGACCAGCGUCACUGCCUGAUCACUGCCUUUCAGAACAGGAGUGAGUAUUCCAUUUUCUUGCUGACCUCUCAAGUAGGCGGACUAGGGUUCAAUCUAACGGCUGCCAAUCGAGUGGUGAUUGUUGAUCCAUCGUGGAACCCUGCCACAGACAGUCAGGCUGUAGACAGAGCAUACAGGAUUGGACAAGAGAAGGAUGUGGUAGUUUACAGACUGAUCACCUGUGGGACGAUCGAGGAAAAAAUAUACCGCAGGCAGAUUUUCAAAAACUCACUGGUUAGACAGACAAUAGGUGAAGACAGGAAUCCCAUUCGAUACUUCAGCAAACAAGAACUAGAGCAAUUAUUUACAGUGGAGGAUACAAGAUUCUCUUCUACGCAGUAUCACUUGCAGACAAUACACUGGAACCAACCAAAGAGAAACAAAACAUUAGAUGAUCAUAUUGCGUAUCUGAGCACCCUAAACAUUUCUGGGAUUUCAGAUCAUGGCCUUUUAUUCUCUGCCUCUUUAAUGGAAAACUUUGAACAAGAAUCAGCACAGAAUCAAAUACGGCUUCAGGUGCAAAAAGCCCAGCAGAAAAUUGAAGAUGAAUCCCUUUUCUUUCAUCAUACAAUGGAUUCAACGACCUAG